AUGGCGCAUUUUACGCCAAUUCCAUCUCGCACACGAGCAGAGAUGCGCCAAAUUGUCACAAUACAAGACGAGAACGAAGUCUCUGUCGCUGAGCUUCUGCAGCAACUACGCGCACGGUUUGAUGAGGACGAUAUCCAAGCACGUAUCCUGCACUAUCCGGACAGCACAAUUGACGAGUAUUAUGUGGAAGAGGAAGCAGAGGAUGUGGCCAUGGAGCCUGUAGUCCCCAAAAAUAAUCCGCCACGCCGUAUUCCACCAACGCCUGCGAGACCAGAUCACGAUACGCUCGCAAAACUCCUUGAAGUGUCUUCAGAUGACGAUUCGAACGACGAAUCUUAUGAAGACACCACAGCUGAUUCCCAACUCGCGGAAUGGCUUGCAUCUUUCACCAAUGCGACGAAGUCUGACCAGCUCAAGCGCCUUCAUAUGUACCCCAAAACACCGCCAAAGUUGCUUCAGGAUGAUAUCCCCUCCGCCUUCGACCCUACUGACAAAGCCCAAAAGACGACACCUCUGCCGCACUAUCAAGUUGGGCGACCAGGACACACGCCAUGGAUGAAAAGACGUGUGGAUUUUCGUCACCGAGCCGUGUCAGACCCAUGCACCUCGAGCUCUGAGCCAUCCGUCCCACAUCGACGAUCGAUAUCCGCGCAAGUGGGGCGAACUGUCGAACACGGGCCAAAGUUCACCAUUAGUAAAGACAAUGAGACAAAUUCCUCGCUCACUACUAGAAAUCUGCAGCCUCCAUUCUUCCCACCAUUUGAUUUUGAACUCGAGCCUACGGUCUCUCCACAGGCGACUUCUAACCUUUAUGAAGCUAUUUUGAGUCCAAUAACCCCUAGAACUCCAAGUCUUGCCACCCCAAUCGAUUCACAGAAUUCAUUCGCCGACGAAUGGUCAUCGCCACUGAAAAUGCAACCCCAGGAUGCGCCAGGGUACCACGUUCGCUUUUCGCAAUUGGCCCAUUUCAACUCUCCCACGAAAGGGCUCGACCUGUCCAUCGCCAACUCUUUGGCGGAUAUUUCUAACAUCCAUGCCUACAACGCUGCUCUCAAACACGCUUCGAAGAGCCCGGCAAUGAUCAGAAGAUGGCAGCAUAUGCUAAACGAGCUCGCUGAGAGGUUUCCACUGACAUCGCAUAUCCCUGACCUUUCACAGCUCCUUCUGGAAGACAAUGAAAUGCACAAAUCCCCCAUCUCGUCCUCGACUCCGAUUGCCGCUCGUACGGAUGCAACGAGUUACGAGUCGCUUUCAGACGAGCAGCAACCUUCCUUUGAGGACCAACGAUUCAACCUUACCGAGGUCCUUACCGCGAGAAAAACGCUUGCGGAUACGAUACUGGACAGAGAGUAUGCUUCAUACCUCCGCAAGAGCAUUGAAUUCAAACGAGACGAGGUGCGCGUGCUGGGGGAGCUCAUGAGACAACGACAAAAGACAAUUGAACGCCUAGAAGAAAUAUUGAAGCGAAGAGCCAUGGACAUUCUCUCAAGUUGA